CUUUUACCCGGAAGUGGGCUGGAGAGGAAGCAGCUGGUGAUGCGGGAACAAACAUGGCGGCCCUGGCGCCUCUGGGCCCUUCGGGCUCCUGCAGUCUGCGUCUGGCCUCGGGCCUCCGGCUACUUCCGAUGCUGGGGCUGCUCCCACUGCUGGCCGAGCCCGGCCUGGGCCGCGUCCACCACCUGGCACUCAAAGACGAUGUGAGGCACAAGGUUCACCUGAACACCUUCGGCUUCUUCAAGGACGGGUACAUGCGGGUGAACGUUACCAGCCUCUCUGUGCAGGACCCCACGGGGGCCGCCGACAAGGACGCUGCCAUUGGGUUCAGCCUGGACCGCACGAAGAAUGACGGCUUCUCUUCCUACCUGGGAGAAGACGUGAACUACUGCAUCCUAAGGAAACAGUCUGUCUCUGUCACUCUCCUAGUCUUAGACAUCUCCAGAAGUGAAGUGAAAAUCAGGUCUCCGCCGGAAGCUGGUACCCAGCUGCCCAAGAUCAUCUUUGGCAGUGGUGAGAACGUCCCCGGGCAGAGCCAGGGGCUGGACACGAGCCCUGAGUCCCGGAGCAGCGGCAACCAGACUCAGAAAGCACAAGAUGGUGGGAGGUCUGAAAGAAGCACGGUGGACGCAAAGGCACCGGCAGAGAAAUCCUUCUCCAUUCGUAACAACGCCGGGGCCGUCUCCUUUCAGUUUUUCUUUAACAUCAGCACGGAUGACCAAGAAGGACUUUACAGUCUUUAUUUUCAUAAAUGCCCGAGCAAUGAGUGGCAGUCGAGUGACAAGUUUUCAUUCAGCCUUGAUAUCAGGAUCGUGGAGAAGAACCCCGAUAGCUACCUCUCCGCAGGGGAGAUCCCUCUGCCCAAGCUCUACAUCUCCAUGGCCUUCUUCUUCUUCCUCUCUGGGACCAUCUGGAUCCACACCCUCAGGAGACGGCGGAAUGACGUGUUCAAGAUCCACUGGCUGAUGGCAGCCCUACCUUUCACCAAGUCUCUGUCCCUGGUGUCCCAUGCGAUCGACUACCACUACAUCUCCUCCCAGGGCUUCCCCAUCGAAGGCUGGGCUGUGGUGUACUACAUAACGCACCUUCUGAAAGGGGCGCUGCUGUUCAUCACCAUUGCACUCAUUGGCACUGGAUGGGCUUUCAUCAAGCACAUCCUUUCCGACAAGGACAAGAAGAUCUUCAUGGUUGUCAUCCCACUGCAGGUGCUGGCGAAUGUGGCCUACAUCAUCAUAGAGUCCACCGAGGAGGGCACGACUGAGUACAGCCUGUGGAAGGACUCGCUGUUCCUGGUGGACUUGCUGUGCUGUGGUGCCAUCCUCUUCCCCGUGGUGUGGUCAAUCAGACAUUUACAGGAAGCGUCCGCCACAGACGGAAAAGCUGCUAUCAACUUAGCAAAGCUGAAGCUUUUCAGACACUAUUACGUCUUGAUUGUGUGUUACAUAUACUUCACCAGGAUCAUCGCGUUCCUCCUGAAGCUGGCCGUCCCCUUCCAGUGGAAGUGGCUUUACCAGCUCCUGGAUGAGAUGGCCACGCUGGUGUUCUUUGUCCUGACGGGGUACAAAUUCCGGCCGGCUUCAGACAACCCCUACCUACAGCUGUCUCAGGAGGACGAAGACCUGGAAAUGGAAUCCGUGGUGACGACGUCAGGGGUGAUGGAGAACAUGAAGAAAGUCAAGAAGGUGACCAAUGGCUCGGUGGAGCCCCAGGGCGACUGGGAAGGCACCGAGUGAGGCCGACGCAGGGGACGCUGUCGGAGGAGACAUCUAACUUAUUCGAAGCCCUGGGGGAGCAGGAGCGUUCUGACAGACUCUCGCCACCGCCCAUGGACGCUGCCUCUGCAGCCGCGCUGACCAGAGACUGGGGCUGUCCUUCAGGGGGUGGGAGGAGGUGCAGGGGAGCGCGGACUCGGAGCUGGUUAAUUUCUUACAUUGGGAGCUCUAGGGUCCAAGCAGCGGUGACCCCAGGUGGGCAGAGCAUGGAAAGGCAUGCGGGUGGCAGGGAGGGUGGGCACUGCUUCUGGACACGGCCAGAUGGCUGCUGAGGACCCAGGAGAGAGGAGGACAUCGUACCUUUGGGACAAAGGGAUGACACCCUAGAAAGCGAAGUCAGAGCCCAGCGCACUAGGUAGACCUGUCGUGGGGCUGCUGCCCAAGCGUGGCCCAGACCUCCGUGUGGACCCCUUGGGGCCGGGACGUGGGCUCUGUGCUUUCCAGGAAGGCUCGGUCCUCUGCAGCUGCCGGUGCCCUCAGCGUCGCAGCUUCCUCAAUGGAGGUGGCAGGAACGGGCUGCCAGUGUGUCCUCUGCAGGUUUUCCUGGACUCCCAGCUCGCCUCGGCCCCAUGUGCCUCCUCUCUGCGGCUUGCAUCUGUUUUUAGGGUCAGAUUUUGGGAGCAAACGGGGAAGAAUCUUCCUCACGCAGCAGCAGGGGCAGAAAGGCGGUGGUCAAGCAGGGCUUCCGCAGACAUAUCCUCAUUAAAGAGCUUUUCCUGUGGGCCAGGUGGGCCUCUGACUGGAGCAUCCCCAGGACCAGACCCCGAGUUGAGUGCGCAUGGGGAGGGAGAACGCGGCUCAGCGGCGCUGGGGCUCGGGGCGGGCCCCUCAGGGUGUGGGCGGGCCACGGAGCUGCCUGGGUGAGCAGUGUCGCACUGGGUGACCGUCCCUGAGCCUGCAGGGCUCGGCCUGGCCUCUCGUGAGAAGGCUGUGGCUGCCCAGCUGCUGAACCACAGGAAGCCUCCGCCCCUGCUGCUCCAGCCCCGCCUUGCCCUCUCCGGCCUUGCACAUGCCCUGUGCCUCCUGUUGGGCCUUCCCUUGGUGGCUCCCGGACACUGAAGGUCCCUCCGGAUCUGCGCUAAGGUGUCCUGGCAGGGAGUCCUCGGAGGACAGCCCCUGGAGUCCCUGUCACCACCAGCAGCUGGAGUGUGGCUUGUGGUCGGCAGGCCAGACGGUCCCUGAAUCCCCCGGGCUCUUCUGCAGCCUUGUGCGCUGUGCCCUCUGCUUGACUGGAGAACUUGGCUUUGAGGUGGCCGAGCCCAGGCAUGGGUGGCACCCCCUGGGGUACGGGGUGGAAAGAACAUGCUUGGGGUAGGGGAGCAAGGACCCCGUCACCACGGCGCACCAGGGACCUGGUGGGUGGUGAUGGCUGGAAGUCAGAGGUGACACUGGGAGGCAGUGUCAGUUUCCAGAUGCAGUCGGGAAAGGACAUGGCGAAGCCCACGCUGGCGCCCCGGGACCUGAGGAGGCCCAGUCUGAGGCCGUGCAGUGUCCCAGGGUCAGCAGCUCCUGCACACUGGUCACAACCCCCGAAGCAGCAGGCGUCCUCGGUGGGAGGGCUGUGGCACGCCCAUUGGGGUGCGGGGCCUCGGUAUUCUGCUGACACUAACGACUGCUGAAGAGUGUUGUGCACAAGUGUGGCAGGCAAGGGAUCGCCCGUGCUGGCGGGGCGAAGCCGGUGCUGUGCAGCAGACGUGUGCAAUAAAGACUCCAGGACGGAA